GGACUUGUGUUUAACUGGUUAUCAGACCAAUCUUUCGGCAGCCUCACCAUCAUGCAAGAUGCAAAAAAGUAUCCACUCCAUAUCUUCUCUGUACAUCUCCUCCAAGGCUCCAAUUGCACUCUGUUCUUUAUCUCUGCACACUCAUGGGCUUCGGCUAUAUGUGGACAGAGAACACACCACCGUGAACACCCGAAAAUCGAAGGUUGUGAGCUUGUAGCUUUUGAAGGACUAGUUGAUAAGGCAUCCAUCAUUGACAUUGCUAAAAAUUACAUAAAUGGCUGUUAAACUCAUGAUUCCUUACGGGGUCAUGGCCCAUUCAAGAUCUACAAAGCAUUGGAGUGCACUCCCAGUUUUUGCCAAGCGAUAUUAUUCUGGCAGUAAAUAUGAAGUUGAAGUUCAUGUGGAUGCCCUCAUAAUCAAAACCGGCUUUGAUCCCAGAACUUCUAGGUUUAACUUUCAGCUGAAGGAUUUAGUCAGAAGCAAUCAGAUAGCUCAGGCCGAAGAACUCUACGAACGCAUGCCUUGUAGAAACACUUGUUCAGCGAAUAUGAUGAUUUCAGGUUAUGUGAGUUCUGGCAAUCUUUCUCGUGCUAGUGAGAUGUUCGAUAGUAUGCCUGACCGCACAGAGGUGUCAUGGACAAUAAUGAUUGGUGCAUACUCACAUCACAAGCAACCCAAGGAAGCUUUUACACUCUAUGCUGAGAUGUGUAGAGCAGGGAUGAAUCCAGAUCAUAUCACCUUUGCAACACUUUUAUCUGGUUGUGGCGGGACAUCAACUGCAAAAGAAGUGCUUCAGAUUCAUGCCCAUAUCAUUAAGUUGGGAAACAGUUCAGUUUCCUUGGUGAGCAAUAGCUUGGUGGAUUCUUACUGCAAGUGCCAACACCUUGAUCUAGCCCUUCUACUCUUCGAAGAAAUCACGGAUAAAGAUUCGGUGACCUACAAUGCAAUGAUCACGGGAUACUCAAAACAUGGUUCAAAUGAAGAAGCACUAAUGCUCUUUCAAGAGAUGCAAUAUUUGGGCCUGAAGCCUUCAGAUUUCACUUUUGCUACGGUAAUUGGUGCUAUUGUUGGAUUGGAUGCUGCUGCAUUUGGGAAACAAGUCCAUGCACUUGCGAUUAAGACCAGCUUUGUGUGUAAUGUAUUUGUAGGCAAUGCCUUCCUUGACUUUUAUUCUAAACAGAGCCUUUUAGUUGAUGCGAUUAAACUGUUUGAUGAAAUGCCUGAGCUGGAUGGUGUUUCUUAUAAUAUUAUAAUUACAGGAUUUGCAUGGGAUGGUCAGUAUGAAAAAUCAUUCCAUCUCUUACGCAAAUUAAGGAGCACUACAUUUGACAGAAGACAAUUUCCAUUUGCAACUAUGUUGAGCAUUGCUGCAACUACUCAGAAUAUAGAUUUGGGAAGGCAAAUCCAUGCGCAGACAAUAGUGACAAAAUCAGAUUCAGAGAUUCAAGUAGGGAAUGCUCUAGUUGACAUGUAUGCAAAUUGUGACAGAUUAGAGGAAACAAAUGUCAUAUUUGCUAAUUUGGCUUAUAGUUCUGUUUCUUGGACAGCAAUAAUAUCCGUAUAUGUCCAAAAGGGCCUUUUUGAGGAAGCUGUAGAGUUGUUCAAGGAAAUGGCUAGACAAAGUGUUCAUGGCGACCAUGCUACUUAUGCAAGUGUUUUAAAAGCUUCGGCAAACUUGGCUUUGGUUUCACUAGGGAGGCAGUUACACUCGCAUAUUAUCAGACUGGGAUUGAUGUCUAAUGUUUUCUCGGGAAGUGCCCUCCUUGGCAUGUAUGCAAAAUGUGGGUCCAUAAGUGACGCGAUUAAGAUUUUCAAAGAGAUGCCUGAUAGAAACAUAGUCUCCUGGAAUGCAAUGCUCUCAGCUUAUGCUCAAAAUGGCGACGAUGAAGCUACUCUGAGGUCAUUUAAAGAAAUGUCUGAAUCCGGUCUUUAUCCCGAUUCAGUUAGUUUCCUCAGUGUCUUAACUGCUUGCAGUCAUCAUGGGCUAGUUAAAGUUGCACGAGAGUAUUUUAGUUUGAUGACCCAAUCAUAUAAUUUGGAACCAAAGAGAGAACACUAUACAACUAUGGUCGAUGUACUGUGUAGAAAUGGACGAUUUGAUGAGGCCGAGGAAUUAAUUGCCGAAAUGCCAUAUGUGCCGGAUGAGAUCCUUUGGUCAUCAGUUUUGAACUCAUGCAGGAUUUAUAAGAAUCAUGAACUUGCAGGAAAGGCUGCCGACCAACUAUUUAAGAUGGACACGCUAAAUGCUGCUGCUGCUUAUGUUUAUGCCAAUGUGUCUAACAUCUAUGCAGAGGCUGGCCAGUGGAAUAAAGUAGCCACUCUGAAAAAGGGUAUGAGGGAAAAUGGAGUUAAGAAAGUAGCAGCAUGUAGUUGGGUUGAAAUUGACCAUGCAGUACAUAAAUUUACUGCAAACGAUAGAACCCACCCACAAGCUGAUGCAAUUAGAAAGAAAAUUGACUCGUUGGGGAAGGAAAUGGAAAAGGAAGGAUACAAGCCGGACACAAGCUGUUCACUACAAAAUGUUGAUGAAGAACUUAAGAUAGAUUCACUGAAGUAUCACAGUGAAAGAUUAGCUAUUGCAUUUGCUUUAAUCAGUACUCCAGAAGGAUCGCCUAUUGUAGUGAUGAAAAACUUGCGAGCAUGUAUGGAUUGUCAUGCUGCCAUCAAAAUAAUAUCAAAAAUUGUUGGGAGGGGGAUUAGUGUUCGAGAUUCAAGCAGAUUCCAUCAUUUUAGAGAUGGAUCAUGUUCGUGUAGAGACUACUGGUGACAUAGCUGGUCAUUUACAGCGUAGUUGUAAUACUUACGAAAUUCUAUGAUGUCCAUUACAAUCUCUGUACAUCCCUUGGAUUGAAGAUACUAAAUGAUAGCCUGUUAUCUGGUAAUGGUGGCAAUGACCAGAACUUACUAGUUUAGGUGGCAUGCCUUUGGAAAGAUAUUUUGCAGCUGCUUUUGGGAACAAUAAUAUUAUUCUGUAUGAUGGUUUGGACGUUAAAAAGUGGUUGCUUGAAGUCUACACUCUUCAAUCUGGAUACAAAGAAAAUCUUCAAUCUUUUUUACAGUCACGGGACAUAUCAGAAAUGUUCACCAGUUUAACGUUUUUGGGGGCUUCUAUAUAUCCUCGGAUGAUAUUGUAUCCCAAUUGCGAAUGGAUGACGUCCCACAUUUGCUGGAAGAGUACAGAAAACUGUCGAAUAGUGGACAGUAAAUGAAUGCAUAGUAUCACAUCCACAUUAAAAUGAAUAAUGCAAACAUGUGAUGUUAUUGUUGGACUUUAUGUUCAAAAAGCACACCUAUUUAUAUAAGAAAUAUAGGCAAAGAUUGUCUAUUUUUUUUGUUACUGGAAGUGUGAUACCUUACACAUCUUGUUGACUAAGUUUUUUCUUUUUUGGUUUUGGAUUGCUGACAAAAUUAGUUUUACUGAUAGUGCUGCAUAAAAAAGAAACAGUCCCUGCAUCCCAAAAGGCCAAAAUAAACUCAAUGUUAUUUUUACGAUAUGAAUUAAUGCUCACAUUAUUUCUC